AUGUCCAUCGUUGGAAACAAACAAGUCAGUCUGGCUGUAUCCAGUUAGUGUUAAAGGUGUGCACCUUUCUUGUAAGGUAUCGUCAUCCGGUGUAGAGUUAAAUGUCGUCUGCAGUGAUGCUCAUAUGGAUUACAACAUCUCUUCUCCUUUUUGCGAGAGAUGGGUAUGACUUCGUCUCUUGUCAGUCGAUUGACACGUCUGUUGACAUACAAUCAUUCUUAAAUCAGUUUUGUUCCCCUGGCUCCACCAAUCCAGGAUGUGGGGGGACUGCAAUCAUCCCCCCAAACUCUGCGCCGCCCUCCCCGCCAGUCACUACGCCGUCCUCCCCUCCAGUCACUGCGCCGCCCACGGUCUCUACAGACUGCUCUGCUAAUGAACGUCAAUGUCCCCAGCUAGGGGCGUACUGUUUCCCCAGCAGUGUUGACUGUGAUGCCAUUGGCACUGUUACUUGUCCCCUACCACAAGAUUACGGCGUCGAGACUCAGGUGCUUAUAUGUGGAAGUGGAUCAAGUUCGGGUGCAAGGUGUGGGGAUGACAGGAACGUCCCUGUGUUGACAUUGCUCAUGGUACAAUGCCAGGGUAGCAAUAGCAUCAGAGAAAGUCAUGUGGAGCGAUUCAGUGCCCUGAAUGGCACUGGGGACGAUGGGGGCGCAGGUGUUUAUUUGUGCUCGGCCACAGGUCAGUGGGACAGGAAACAUGGAUCUACAAUUGAGAACUUGAUUGUAUCUUGCAGGGAUGCAGGUUGUGGCCGCAUACCCCAUCCCACCAACAACAUGCCUGUGUACAGACGAUGGCCAUGGGUGAGGGGUAUUUACAAAGAUGAUCAGUUUAUCUGUACAGGAACUCUUGUUUCACAAAACGCUCUGGUCACUGCAGCACACUGCGUUACUGAAUCAAAUUCUGCAGUCGCUGAUGCUUUCUUGGACGCCUAUCGGGUAGAGCUGCCGGGGCUAGUACAAAAUCACCCUAUGGUCCGAGUACAGCCCACGGACAUUUUCAUUCACCCAAAGUACAGCCGAAACGAUAACGAAUACCGGCACGAUAUGGCUGUCAUUUUCUUCAAGCUUAGACAUCAACAAAGGCUACCGACCGUCUGUAUUACUAAUCAUCAGUACAGCCAAGAACUUGGUCGAGCUCAGGUGGUGUUCAACUUACAAGCUGCACCUAACUGGACAGGUCAAAAUCCACAGCCUCCUACUUGGAACGUUAUCAAGGCAUCCUGGGACCACAGAUGCAUCACUACGGUUUUACGAAUGUGUCCACAAUGCGUUCCCAAUGUGUUGCAAGUACAAGAAUCCCAGUUCUGUGCGGCUCAUGAAGGCUUAUCCCUGUCGAAAGGGUCUUCCGGAGGCCCUUACCUGGCUGAGAUCGGCCAGGACUUGGAGGAGGUUUGGGUCUUGAUGGGUAUCCUCUCUUUAACUACACAGGUCACAAAUAUCAACGGAGAUGAACCCUCCCAAUACCAUUCUGUCUAUGGACAAGCAUCCGAUGAAUCCAGAUGGCUGAAAGAUUGCGUCUUUGAUAGAAAAUGUAAAGACUUUUAAACUGAUACAAAUACUAUUCUGUAAUAUGCAACAAUUACCUUGAUUGAAACUGUACAGCGGGAGUUAUGUAUACUGCAAGGAAUUGGUGGAAAAGGUAGUGCUGCUAGAUAUUAUUUAGCGUGGUUGUAGUAUUUGUUUUGGAAGGCAAUUAUAAAAAAAGAUACGGAUGUGGAUAAUUGUUUUUAAAGGAUGCAGUAUCGAUAUGUGCGCUAUUUGUUAUAGUAGAUUUAUAUCAGCAUGCAUCUGAUGUAUAGGUCAGUCCUUUACGACACUCCUGAUUGGCGGUUGAUAAUCCAAUCACAGGGCUGGAAACCCUAAGUCUCUCAAGAGAGUUCACAUAGGCAGGAUGUAUGUUCCACCUCCUGAGGAAUAUGUCUCUCAAAAGUAUCCCUUAUGAGAGGGACUGGCCUAGACAUCAGCUGCACGGUUGAUGUGAAUCUACUAUAGGAAUGUUUAGCAUAAGACAUUGUACAUUCUCAUCAUGACAGCAGCUCUGAAGUUUUUAUAAUUUGUAAGAAAGGGAGGAACAAAUAAUUGUUUGUAUAUACUUACAAACUCCAUGACAAUACAUCUUCCUAGUUGAAUAAAACCAUACACAUUUA